UCCAGCCAGCCACCCUCGUCCUACCUUAAACCCACCACCCCUCCACCGCGCGGCGCGCACGGCACCACCCCCAUCCGGCCUCCUCCCUACCACUUCGUCCAAUCCCAAAUCUCUCGCCGAGCUCGAGGAUGGCGGCGCAGGUGGUGGCAGCGUCGGGCACCGCCGCGGUGGCAGCGGCCAGGCCCCUGGGCGGCGGAUCUGGGGCGGACGGGCUCCGGCCGUCCCCGAGGCUGCAGCUCGGGGCGUGCGCCUCUAGGGAGAGGUGGAGCGGCGGCGCCGUGGCCGCGAGGGGCCGCCGCGAGUCGCAGAUGGUAUCCGUCAUAAGCCGCGCCCCGCGCACCGAGCCCGAGGUGCUGCCGGUGUCGCCCGACGACGACGCGGCCGUCAAGGAAGAAGCAAACUUCCAGCAUCUUAAGGCUAUCCAGCAACUUGCAACUGCAGCAAAUGGUGUGUGGUCUAAACCAAAUGUGAGGCGCAAGACAAAGAUUGUGUGCACCAUCGGUCCCUCAACCAACACUAGAGAGAUGAUAUGGAAACUCGCUGAGACUGGCAUGAAUGUUGCCCGGCUUAAUAUGUCACAUGGAGACCAUGCGUCACACCAGAAAGUUAUUGAUCUGGUGAAGGAAUAUAAUGCGUCACAUACAGAUAAUGUGAUUGCUAUCAUGCUAGACACGAAGGGACCAGAAGUUCGGAGUGGAGAUUUGCCUCAACCGAUUUUUCUGGAAAGUGGCCAAGAGUUCACUUUUACAAUUAAAAGGGGAGUUGGGACUGAUACAUGUGUCAGUGUUAACUAUGACGACUUUGUUAACGAUGUUGAAGUGGGUGACAUGCUCCUUGUAGAUGGAGGAAUGAUGUCAUUUCUGGUCAAGUCAAAAACUGAAGAUUCUGUGAAAUGUGAAGUUGUUGACGGAGGUGAAUUGAAAUCUAGGCGCCACCUGAACGUUCGCGGAAAGAGUGCAACCUUGCCAUCAAUAACUGACAAGGACUGGGAUGACAUUAAAUUUGGUGUGGAUAAUCAGGUUGAUUACUAUGCUGUUUCUUUUGUGAAAGAUGCUCAAGUUGUCCACGAGCUGAAGGAUUAUCUAAGAAGCCGCAAUGCUGACAUACAUGUAACUGUGAAAAUCGAAAGUGCAGACUCCAUUCCUAACCUACAUUCAAUCAUCUCAGCAUCUGAUGGGGCUAUGGUUGCGAGGGGUGACCUGGGAGCUGAACUACCUAUUGAGGAGGUCCCACUGUUGCAGGAAGAAAUUAUUAGAAUGUGCAGGAGCAUGGGAAAGGCUGUAAUUGUUGCUACUAAUAUGCUGGAAAGUAUGAUUGUUCAUCCAACUCCGACCCGGGCAGAAGUUUCAGACAUUGCUAUCGCUGUUCGAGAGGGUGCUGAUGCAGUUAUGCUUUCUGGAGAAACUGCACAUGGAAAAUUUCCCUUGAAAGCUGUUAAGGUCAUGCACACAGUUGCCCUGAGAACUGAAGCAACUAUUCCUGGUGGAGAAACACCUGCUGACCUUGGUCAGGUUUUCAAGAACCACAUGAGCGAAAUGUUCGCGUACCAUGCAACAAUGAUGUCAAAUACUCUCCGAACAUCAAUAGUGGUUUUCACCAGGACAGGAUUUAUGGCUAUCCUGCUUAGUCACUAUCGUCCCUCUGGCACUAUUUUUGCCUUUACAGAUCAGGAGAGAGUUAGACAACGAUUGGCUUUGUACCAAGGUGUAUGUCCAGUUCAAAUGGAAUUUUCUGAUGAUGCUGAGAAGACAUUCGGUGAUGCUUUGUCCUAUUUGCUGAAACAUGGUAUGGUUAGGGACGGCGAGGAGGUUGCACUGGUUCAAAGUGGCAAACAGCCCAUCUGGAGAUCACAAUCAACACACAACAUUCAGGUCAGGAAGGUUUGAUGCUGAGCGCAUUGCGGUAUUCUGAUUGUCACGGACAUCAACCAAGAAAUUGAUGUCUUGUGGCAAAGUUGAAGGCCUGAUUAUAAUAAUACCACGCAGGUAUUGCUAGUUUUCCAUUAGCUUGGUUAGCUUGUGUGUAGGGUAUGUACUGAGAGCUGGUCCUGUGAUUCUUUUGUCAUUUGUUGUGUACUUCUCUGUUUUUAUUUUCAUGUAAAAUGGCGUAUGGCCAAUCCUUUUGUUCAUCCGGUUCUAACUGUAGCUUGGGAACACCGUAGGCUUCUCGUUGUAAUACAGUUUGUCCUGUGUGUCUAUGUGAAGGGCUUCGUUGUGAACAUGGGCAUUUUAUCAUCUAAAAAGACUGAAUUAUUGUAGGCA